UCGGCCAAGAGUUAUCUUUCAAUUUUUGUAAGAGUAUUAUUUUCGGAGGCUCGGAUAACCUUUUUAUGUUUUGUUAGUGGCCUUGGGAGUCAGUUUUUUACUAGGCAAAUUCAACUGUGCGACUUAAAAAUUUAUAAAAACAAUUUUUAUGACUUUUUAGUGACAGAUAAAGAGUUUACCAAAGGGAAGCCCAAGUUUGGUUUUAUUACAGAAACAAGAGAAGGACUUUGUCUUUCCAAUGUCCACAUCAAUAAAGUGGAGAGUCCUUUUCAUGGAUUUUGGGUUUGUGGAAUUGUUUCGAUAGAAAGUGGGUUUCUCUCUGCAUUAGUUACCAAAUAUUGUGGUUUCGAUACACGCCAUAAGCCUUGUGCUUCCCGUUACGGUGAAGUUAACUCGAGAGACUUCACAGUCAUAAUUUUUUUCCCUGAGCAAUCUCCGCGCUGCUACCUUUGUCGCUAUCAGCCUAGCGAGACGUUGCUGUGCGUAGGCGAGAUGUCCUUUGUAGUAGACAGAGGUCAGAACCAGCGCUUUGACAUACUCUUUAACAUUUCCGGCCUCUCCCUGGAUUACUAUGAAGAUGGCCUAUUAGUUCCCACUGACUGCGAAGGGGAGCCUUCCUCUUUUUUAGCCAUGGAGAAAACUACAAAUUUUAGCACAUAUAAAUCUGAAGAGAAGAAUUCUGUCGACUUUGUUAGCCGAAAUGAUAAACUUUUUGGAAUAAGUGAAGGUCUGUCAUCUACCGGACUUCAGCGAGUUUUAUCUAUGGAAGAAGCUCAGUUGCAAGCCCUUUCGCAGAACACGCAAAUAUUACAGAAUCGAGUAAAUAAACUAGAAGAAAAAUAUUCCACGCUUCUGGCGAGCACUCAAACGUUGUCAAAAGUUGUAGAGCAACAAAAUGAAAUAAUUGAAGGGUUGCAUUUAUUAUUAAAAGAGUUGCCAAACAAGAAAAGCAAUAUUAACUUUGGUGAUACUUGUGGUUUUCUUGAAGUUCAUAACCCGAGCAACCAAAAAAGAGGCGGCACCGGAAUGAGAACUGAACCUGAGAGCGCUGCGCCCUUCCAAACCCUUCUUCAGAAUAUUGAGCGCGUUUUAAAACCUGAAGAUAACGGCCAAAUGCCCGUCCACUCCUCCAAUUCUAGCGAUUCCUUCACAGUUACUGGAAGAACACCGCCUGGGAAUGUGUACGCGAAAGACGUUAUCUUGGGUGGGCUUGCGGAGCCGCGCGACACUCCUUCAGUCCUCCGUCUCUUAAACCUAUCAAAGGAACCUGUUCUUGUUGACUUGUCCACUGAUUCCCGGAGGUACUUGCAGAGGCAUCCUAUAGAAGGAAUGAGUUACUUAACUCGCCCAGUUCCUGCUUGCGACAGAAAUUUAAAGGAAAACCAAGCUGUUAGCGAUCCCUGCCAGCCAAUUAUAAAUCACCAACUGUUGAAAGUUCUGCCUAAGUUUAGCUAGACAAAGCUUCGUGAGGUAAAGUUUAACGAUCUCUUCACCUAUGGCGGCGGACCCAGAGUAGCUUUAUGCCAAGGAUUCAAGCAAACUUUGUAAAGGAUUAAACUUCCUCGUCAGAGUA